AUGGGUUUGGUGGCAUUCAUCACGUGCGGCUCGUGCGCGCGCCGUCGUAAACACACCAACGAAAACUUCCCGGAGACCAUCACUAUCCCUACUCCAUCCUCUCAGCCACACAACGCUGCGUUGGCCCAUCACCAUGCGUACGAUAUGGACGGCCCCCGUCUACCUAUUACAAGCAAUCACCACCACCUUGAUGGCCGCAUCAGUCAUAAAAAUGAUCCGCGGAUUGAGCGACGGACCUCUACUCCACAGCCUCGAGCGUCCACUGGAGUGUCUCGGGGGCCGAAUCGAGUGUCUAGCGGUGCUGUUAGAGUCUCGAGUGGCCCGAACAGAAUCUCGAACGGCCCAAACAGAGUGUCUACUAUUCAAAACAGAGUAUCUACUGGGCAACAAAGACCACGCAACGGAUCGCAUCCGAACCAGCCGCAUCCCGAACAGAGGCCACGUCGGCAACAGCACGAUCGCAAUGGGCGACAAGAACGGCCUGUAGCUCCGGAGAAACAGCGACAAGAACGACCGGUUGCUCCAGAUAAACCGCGUUCGGGCACAGGUUCCGGAAGCUCGGGCAAUAAUCGCGACCUGGAGAUCACAGACAGGUCGAAAGAGGUUGCAAGCAAAGUUCUUCAGGAGUUCCAGUCGGACCCAAUACUUGGUAAAAUGCGUAUUCCUUAUUCAUCUUUAUACUUUACGCGCGUUUUGAGCAAAGGAGCGUUCGGAGAGGUGUGGCUUGCACAAUUAGAGAAUCGACAAGUGGCCGUCAAGCGAAUAUUGAAUGAGAAGAAAAACGAUGAAAAGGAAAUUGAGUGCUUUGGUGCUGAAAUAAAAUUGAUGGCAUCAUUUUCACAUCCAAAGAUUGUUGAAUUCCUAGGUGUCUCUUGGAGUUCCAUGCAAGACGUGUGUGCAGUUACCGAGUAUAUGGGCAAAGGUGAUUUGUAUGGCUUCCUCAAGCGCCGACAGGGACAGCUCAAUUGGCGUGAUCAUAAGAUUUUUUUAGCUGAAGAUGUGGCAGACGCUCUCGGAUAUUUACACAGUUUAUCACCUAAAGUAAUUCAUCGAGACCUUAAAUCGAAGAAUAUUUUAUUGGAUGACUCUUUCCGGGCAAAAUUAAGCGACUUUGGCAUCAGUCGCGAACGAUCUGUUGAAGAUACAAUGACUGCAGGUGUCGGUACAAUAUAUUGGACAGCACCUGAAGUGCUUAUGGGCAAAAAAUAUACCGAGAAAGCCGAUAUUUUCUCGUUUGGUAUUGUCAUGUCUGAGCUUGAGACACAUGCAGUUCCGUAUUCGGACAAGCGCGACAACGCGGGCAAAAAGUUACAAGGCAUGAAGAUUGUACAAAUGGUGAUUCGACGAAAUCUGCGACCGACAUUCUCAACUGAAUGUCCCAAGCUUGUCAAGGAGCUGGCAGAUCGCUGUUUAGACUCGGAUCCGGAUGCUCGACCUAGCGCCUUGGAGCUGCUUCGACUCAUUCAACACAUGCAAAACCUUUUGUAA